AUGGCGGAACAGGAAUCCAAAGUGCAUGGCCAUGCCGAUGCAGACGGUCACUUCCGGCGCAAGGAGUCCGCCUUCCGCUCGACCGUAUCUUCGGAUCCUGAUGCGGAAUUUCCUGCUGAAAAGGACCGCUAUGUCUUGUACCUGACCUACGGAUGUCCGUGGGCGCAUCGUACUAACCUGGUUCGAUCUCUCAAGGGCCUAGAGGAUAUCAUCCAGCUCGUGGUUUUGGACCCCGAGCUGGGGCCCGAAGGUUGGUUCUUUUCUGGCCGAUGGGGGUCCGCUGAAAAAGAUCCCUUGUAUGGGUUCACAAAGUUGAGCCAAUUCUAUUUUAAGGCCGAGCCGGACUAUGAAGGGCGCUAUACCGUUCCGAUGCUCUGGGAUAAGAGAAAGGAAACGAUCGUGAACAACGAGAGUGCCGAGAUCAUCAGAAUGCUUUACACAGAGUUCGACCAACUUCUGCCGGAGGAGCUGCGUGAGGCCAACCGGCCUGGAGGGGGUUUCUACCCGGCACAUCUGAGGUCAGAGAUUGACGCAAUGAAUGAGUGGGUGUAUCACAAGAUUAACAAUGGAGUGUACAAAACCGGAUUCGCCACAACGCAGGAGGCUUAUGACGCGAAUGUGUAUCCACUGUUCGAGGCCCUGGACCGCGUUGAGCAGCACCUGGCACAUCCAGGCCAUCAGCCAUACCUGUUUGGGGAGAAUAUCACGGAGGCGGACAUUCGACUGUACACAACCAUUUGUCGGUUCGAUGUAGCCUACUACCUGAUCUUCCGCUGCAACCUCAAGAUGAUCCGGCAUGAUAUCCGCUGAUCGACCGUUGGUAUCGACGGCUGUACCAUGAUGAAACGCAGCGUACCCGAGGCGGAGCAUUCAAGAAGACCACCUUCUUUGGCAUAGUACGUGAACCGUUAUAG